AUGCAAUUAAUCCACUCAAUAACAUUCACUCGUUCAGAUAUCUCAAUCUUUCAUCAAAUGCCAACAAAAUCUAUAUAUCCAGCAUAUUGUCACGUAUUUCAUUCGUACUUUCAGAGUCCGAACGAAGCCUUCUUGAGUUGUUGUAUGGAUCGACAGCUACCGGAUGCGUGCCUUCAAAAGUGCAAUUUUCAUUCGUAUACGAAGCAGGCGUUGACAGCAAUGUUCUUCAAGCAAGAUACAUGUCCUCUGGAGGCAAUGAGAGAGAUGCAGUAUUGUGCAGCACAAGGCCGUGACCAUCGUGAGUGUUGUAUUCGCAAUGGUGUGACCAACACUAUUGCUGGAGAUAAGUGCUUGGUCUUCUGCGAUCAACGUCCCGGUAUCGUCACUCAGCUGGACAUCACGUAUUUAGCGUGUUUCGAUCGGUUCGAAAACAUGAAGACUUGUUUCUGGGAUGAUAUCGAGCGAACCCAACGACGUAAAUGA